AGAAUACAGUUGUUGGUAGCAGCCAUGCUAACAGUGAGCGUUGAGCAGGGAAAUGUUAAAAGUUAGUUUUGCUGAGAGGCAGCAGGUCUGACGUCUGUCAUGUAGCCCAGGAGGAGGAUGAACGGAUCGGCGGGCUCAGAGGAGCACACGGUGCAGCAAGAACAUGAACUGGAAGCACUGGCCUCGAUUUUUGGAGAUGAUUUUCACGAUCUGCGUGGCAACGAUCCGUGGAAGGUUAAAAGAUCCCCUGAGGUGUACCUCUGCCUGCGGCCCAAAGGGCUCAAUAACAGACAGGAGAGCUACGUGACUGUGGACCUACAUGGUCAAUGUCCCUCCAUGUACCCUGACGUGCCUCCAGUGCUGGAACUGAAGAAUGCCAAAGGUCUCUCCAACGACAACCUCCAGAACCUCCAGUUUGAACUCACCAAGCUGGCAGCUGCACGAUGUGGGGAGGUGAUGAUUUAUGAGUUAGCCGACCAUAUCCAGGGCUUUCUGAGCGAACACAACAAGCCUCCAUCCAGGUCUUUUCACGAGGAGAUGCUGAAAAACCAGCAGCGGCAGCAGGAGAAACGAGCUCUGGAGGAGCAGCAGAAGAUGGACCAGCGACGCAGGCAGGAGGAGGAGAUGGAAAAGGAGAUCAUGGCUGAAAUUCAAAGAAGAGAAGAAGAGAAACGAGAAGAAAAAAGAAGAAAGGAAAUGGCCAAACUGGAACGUCUGGAGAGUAUGGGACAUGAAGCGACUGCUCAGUCUUUGCCGGAAAACAGCCCGCCCAUCUCAGGUGGAUGUGAAAUGACUGAAGCCAAGAAAGGAGCCGGUAACCGGCGACGGACUACCUCGAAUACGCGCCACAGGCGUGACACGUUUAAUGAAGACAACCAUCACACGCAGGAGCUUCUUCACUUCAGCAGCAGCACUCUGGGAGAACUUGUCGUCCACAGAGGGAAGAAAAUAGGUGAGAGUGAAAGGCUGGGUCGGAAUGUUUAUUAUGGAUUUGAGGUGAACUCUGGAGACUUUGCUGUGAUCUAUGAGUGGUCGCUACGCUGGAGCAAGAAGAUGGGAAAGUUCUUCACCAGCCAGGAAAAAAACAAGAUUGAGAACUGUAAGAAACAGAUCCACGGGGCAGAGAGUGAGUUCAACUCCCUGCUGAGGCUGAAGCAUCAGAACCUGGUGCACUACAAGGCACUGAGCUCCACAGAGAAGGACGACUGCCUGGUGGUCAACAUGCUGGUGGAGCACGUGGCUGGGACCAACUUGAACCGAAGCCUCGCCAGCGGCACGCAGGUCUCUUUGGACAAACUGUGCCAUUACGCGGCACAGUUACUGGCCGUUCUGGACUAUCUGCACACCAACUCUGUGGUUCACAAACAGCUGGGGGCCUCCAGUGUGCUGCUGGACUCUGAGGGCAAUGUUCGAUUGACAGACUACAGCUUGUCGAAGAGAUUAGCCGAUAUCUGCAAAGAAGACAUCUUUGAGCAAGCUCAUGUGCGCUUCUCUGAGGGUACAGCGAUGCCGGUGAAAACGGGCAAAAAGGGGGAUGUGUGGAGCCUGGGUCUGAUGCUGCUGGGUCUGAGCCAAGGAAAAGAAGUGAAGGAGUAUCCAGUGACAGUACCAACCAGCCUGCCUGCAGACUAUCAGGACUUCCUCCAUAAGUGUGUUUGCCUGAAUGAUGCCGAACGUUGGACAGCACAGCAGCUCUUGGAUCACUCUUUCCUGAAACCUCCAUCUCCAAAAAUGCAACCACAGUACCAGGACGCCAGCCCAGAAGAUUUAGCUGUGGACUUUGCUUCAUCUGUCAUUCCACGGAGCCAUGCCCUCAACGCUCCUUUCAGCUCCGGGCUGCAGCGGCAGUUUUCACGCUACUUCAAUGAGUUUGAAGAGCUGCAGCUUCUUGGAAAAGGAGCCUUUGGAGCUGUGAUUAAGGUACAGAAUAAACUUGAUGGUUGCUACUAUGCCGUGAAGCGCAUCCAAGUCAAUCCAACCAGCAAGCAGUUCCGAAGAAUCAAAGGAGAGGUGACACUGCUGUCGCGUCUCAACCAUGAGAACAUUGUCCGCUACUAUAAUGCGUGGAUCGAGCGGCACGAGUCGCCCUCCACAGGAGUGCUGAGCACCACGGACAGCUCUGAGCCGCACAGCACAGCUGACAAGCCGCCUGAGGGCGGCGCCCCUCUGCAGCGGCUCAAUGAGCUCGGCCUCCCCGACAACGUGGAGGACAACGCACCGCCGCCAGCCCUGUCUAGCUCAGUGGAAUGGUCCACGUCCAACGAGCGGUCCUCCAGUGCCAAGUGCACCAGGCACCAUUCCAGCGAGGACGAGGAUGACGAUGAAGAGGAUGUGUUUUGCGCGUCUUUUUUGCCAUUGGACAGUGACUCCAGGAGUGACAUCAUCUUUGACAACGGUGAUGAAAGCAAUGAGCACCUCUCACAGGUGGAGCCAAGCAAAAGACCAGGGACCAACCCGAAUGAGGCGAAGGACUCGGAUCAGUCGCUCAUCAUUGCACAUCAUCUGUACAUACAAAUGGAGUACUGUGAAAAAAGCACUUUAAGGGACACCAUAGAUAAUGGCCUGCACCGGGACCACACUCGGUUAUGGCGACUCUUCAGAGAGAUACUGGAUGGUCUCGCUUACAUUCAUGAACAGGGGAUGAUUCACAGGGACUUGAAACCGGUCAACAUCUUCCUCGACUCACAGGACCAUGUGAAGAUCGGAGACUUCGGCCUGGCUACAGACCAUCCUGCCAACAUGGCGGCCGGUAAUCUUGACAUGGAUGAGUGCGGCUCAUCAGCGCUGCCCAAACCCGACCCCACAGUUUCAGGGAACAUGACUGGUAUGGUUGGCACCGCCCUCUACGUCAGUCCAGAAGUUCAAGGAAACACCAAAGCCACCUACAACCAGAAAGUUGACCUUUUUAGCCUGGGGAUCAUCCUCUUUGAGAUGUCCUACCGGCCCAUGACCACCGGGGCCGAGCGCAUCUUUGUCCUCAGUCAGCUACGUGCGGAGCUGAUCAGGUUCCCAGAGGACUUUAAUGAAUGUGCUACAGAAACACAGAGGAAAGUUAUCGAGUGGCUGUUGAACCAUGACCCAGCCUUCCGGCCCUCGGCCCAGGAGCUGCUGAAGAGUAACCUGCUUCCUCCACCGCAGAUGGAGGAGUCGGAGCUCCACGAGGUGCUGCAGCACACCAUGGCGAAUAUUAACGGCAAGGCGUACCGCACCAUGGUGAGCCAGCUGUUUGCCCAGAAUACCUCGCCCGUCAUGGAUUAUGCCUUCGAUAUCGACCUGCACAAGGUCAGCUUCAGUUUCACUGCUGCCACAUUGCAGCAGCACGUCCAUGAAACCAUCAGCAGAAUCUUCAAGAAGCACGGUGCGGUGCGCCUCCAGACUCCUCUGCUGCUCCCCAGAAACAAAAAGUUGUAUGACGGCAGUGAGCUGGCAUGUUUUAUGGACCACAGCGGAAUGUUGAUGAUGCUGCCUUACGACCUUCGUAUUUCCUUUGCAAGAUUCGUGGCGCGCAACAAUAUAACCAGUCUGAAGAGGUACAGCAUCGACCGUGUGUUCCGACCCAGGAAGCCGCAUCGCACUCACCCGAGGGAGCUUGUGGAGUGUGCUUUUGACAUCAUCACGCCUGUCGGCAGUAGCCUUCUCCCCGACGCCGAGACCAUCUACACUGUCUCCGAAAUAAUCCAGGAGUUUUCUGCUCUGCAGGAAAGGAACUAUAACAUUUAUCUGAACCACACCAGCCUGUUGAAGGCCAUCCUGCUGCACAGUGGUGUCCCGGAGGACAAGCUCAGCCAGGCGUCAAACGUCCUCUGUGAUGCCAUGAGUGAAAAGCUGACCAGACGUGAGGUGGAGGCAAAGUUCUGCAACUUCUCACUGUCGACCAACAGCCUGCAUAUGCUGUACAAGUACAUUGAACAGAAGGGUGAACUGCAGGAUCUGGUGCCGCUGCUGACAUCACUUACCAAACAGAAGACUGCCGUCACCCAGCUGGCAAAGCAGGGCCUCAAGGACCUGGAGGAGGUCACGGUGCUGCUGCGCACACUGGGAGUGAAGCUGCAGGUGGUGGUGAAUUUAGGUUUGGUCUACAAGGUGCAGCACCACUGUGGGGUCAUCUUCCAGUUUGUGGCCUUCAUUAGGAAGCAUAAAAAAAUAGUACCUGACAUCGUGGCUGCAGGAGGGCGCUAUGAUCACUUGAUCCUCGAGUUCCGGGGACCAGCUUCCUCAGCUCCUGUCCCGGCUGCAGUUGGGGCCAGUGUGGCGUUGGAUAAAGUCUGUGCUGCCAUGUCCAAUAUGGAGGAGCCGCCAUUGGUGAGCUGCUGCGACGUGCUUGUGGCUCCAGUGGGUCAUUCUUCAAUGUCCAGAACCAUCAGUGUUAUCCAGAAGCUGUGGAGCAGUGGUGUCUCUGCAGACAUCGCCUACGACGUGUCACAGUCUCAGGAGACUUUGCUGGAUCAUUGCAGGCUGGCUGGGAUCACGUGUCUGGCCAUGGUCUCUGAUAAGGAGGGCAACUAUGUGAAGGUCAAGUCCUUUGAGAAGGACCGACAGUCUGAGAAGCGAAUCCUAGAGUCAGACUUAGUGGACCACGUCAUCCAAAAAUGCCGGACCAAAUUCUGUGAAGAAAGAAAUAUCAGAGAAAUCUCUGAAAGCAUGACUCUACAGAACCCCAAAGGAUUGCAGCUCAACAGUGCAGGCUCGUUGGAGCAACACGGCAGCAGCAGUACCAUUAAUGUGAACGUGGUCAGCCCAGAAAAGGUUUCGGCGAGCACACGGCGUCGCUUUGAGACUCAGAUCCAAAGCCGAUUACAAAACCUCAGUAGUAAUCUUCCAAACAAGAGCACCGACAUUGAAGUUCUGGCUGUGGACCUGCAGAAGGAAACUCUGAUCAACUUCCUGUCUCUAGAGUUUGACAGCGAGGAUCAGUUCUAUGGGAGCGUGAAGACACUGCUGUCUCGUCUGCCUAAACAGCGCUACCUAAAGGCCAUCUGUGAAGAGAUCUACCGCUUCAAAAUAUCUAAAAGGGUGGCCUUGGUGGUCUUGUACAGCUACAAGGACGACUACUACAAGAUCCUCCUGUGAAAAUCAGUGCGGGCUGAACUGGUUCCGGCACCUUCAGACUGGUUUCAGACUUUGAAGGUGGACAUUCGAUUUCUUCUCAGUCACUUUAUUCUCAUUAUUUUUACAUCCUUGAAUGGUGAGUCUGUUGUUUCAUGACUUCCAGAUCACGAUCAGGUUUGCUGGACUUUAUUGCCUUAAUAGAAACUGUAAGUUUUUUUUUUUUUUUUUACUGAAGAUGAGGAAUAAAUCACACUUUUCUGUCAGAACUGUGA